AUGAAGUAUGCAAUUUUCGCUUAUUUAUGGAUGAUAUUCCUCUACGAAUACGUUGAAACAAUGAAAAAAUUCGAAAGAGAAUCUUUUUUUAAAACGUUGGUACCUGUCGAUAAAUGUGCGAGAGGUAGAUUCGAUCCUCGUCGCAAUGCUACUCAAGUAAAGCCAGUUAAGGUUUAUAAAACAAAAUUUGAAAAAAUGGCCCCUGUAUGCGAAGCCGUAAUCAUUUUCGGCGAAGAUACUGCAUCUGGAAUAUCCACGGAUAUCGUAUUGUAUGACAUAGUACUUCGCCCUGUAUACAUCCCAAAGGAUUAUUUGUUCAAGAUGAGGCCGUUCUGUCAUGUUGGAUCCAUGGGUGUUCUUUGUGUUUGUCGUUCCGACGCCUGCUUUAAGAAACCACUAGAUCUUUUGGCUUUUCUUGUGGGAAUUUAUAAAUUUAAUCAACCGAAGACGCCUGCGGAUAAAGAUGUGAACAAAGAACAAACCGACAUACUGAAAUCAAUUUUCAACAACGCCUUUGACACUUUUUACGAUAAUCUAGAACAAAGAGACCUCUUUCUUCAUGCUAUUAUUACUGAAAUGAGAAGAAAUUUUGGGUUAGAAUCGAAAAUGCCGGCGGUUCCCAAACCAGAAUUGGCAGAAGUUGCCAUAUUUGAUAGGUGGAAGGAAUUUGAUGACGAAUUCGAUAAAAUGUAUCCAGAACAAAAACCAAGUGAAAAAGAUUUAAAGAGAAAAAAACAAAAAUCUAAGAGACUCAUUUGUGUGAUUGUUAUAAUGGGAUGCCUCAACGCCGUGUCAUUUUUUCUGAUUGUCGCCUUUUUUGUUUGGUACAAAAGGUUUUUCUAUCGUAUCACAGCAGUACCAUUGGUGGAAGAACCGCAAGAGAAGACACCUGAUGAAGGUAAGAAAUCGGCGGAAAAACCUCAGGAAGGUCCACCAGGAGGUCCACAGCCAGCAGCUGCUGGCAAUCCUGCUGUAGGGUAUUUUGAUCCACCUGCUUCCCGGCCGACCAAUUUCCUCAUAAGAUAUACUGUAAAGCUUUGGGGAUUUUUCGUGACCUCUUUUCCGGUUAAUCUAAAGACUAACCCCAUGGUUAACACGGAUCUGCUCAAGAAACAUGCAAGUCAGUACAAGCUGACGCGCGACACUGCAGGAGAAUACCAUAAACAGUUAUUUACGCUUCAUCCGGAGAUUGCAAAGUACUAUGAUGCUGAGGAUAUCGAUCCGGACAGUAUUCCAAAGGCUCAAAAAUUCAUCAUGCUAGGACAACAGGAGCUGCAAUUCUUUUUCAGGCUUCCCGAUGUGAUGAACGAUGAUCGACAAUGGCGUAGUGCGUUGAGCAGUUUUAAGGAGACAUUCAGCGACAAUAAUGUUCCGAUGAACGAAUUCAACAAAGUGACGGAUGCAUUCCUGGCAGCAAUGCAAAAAAAUGCCGGUGGAGUGACACCGGAGCAGAAAAAAGAAUGGGAAGCAUUACUAGCGAAGGCGUACGCUGACAUGAAAACAUGGGGAUGGUAUUGA